CACUCUACGUUUGCCCUCUUCUGACUUGCCGAGUGGAAGAGAGUUGACGCAAAAUGCUGAAAGCCAGCUUAGUUCUAUGUUUUCUGGCUGCCCUCGGUGGAGCUCAGGGCGUGAACAUCUCCUGCAACCAGCCCACCGACGUAAUGUUCUUGUUGGACAACUCUGAAAGUAUCUCGCCCGUCAACUUCGAGAAAAUGAUCACUUUUGUGAAGGAGCAAGUGGCCCGGUAUAACAUCGGCCUCACCGAUACCAGGAUCGCCGCCAUCACUUUCAGCCGGAGUGCAUACCUGGAGUUUGCUCUUGGAGCGUACAACACACUGGCAGAGGUGGAGCAUGCUUUUGACCAAGUUCGUCGGGGAAAAUGGAGAGACACAAUGACGUACGCCGGUCUUAACUACGCCCGAUUUAGAAUGACAAGCUUCGGUCGGCGAGAAGUCCCUCGUAUUCUGAUCACCAUCACAGACGGAGUGUCCAACAACCGGACGGAGACUGCCAGAGUCGCAAACAUGACUCGACAAGCAGGGAUUGAAAUCUUUGUUAUUGGAGUCGGCAGCCUGGACAAAGUCCAGCUUAAAGAAAUCGCCAGUGAGCCGUUCAGCGAUCACCUGUUUACGGUCACAGGGUUCCCGCAACUCUCCUCUAUCUCCGGUCUGGUGAGACAAAAGACUUGUCUUGAUACCGAUCCCACCGAUAAACCCAGUGACCAGGCAGCAGCAGAGAAAGCUUGCCAUCAGAAGCCAGCGGAAGUGGUGUUUGUGUUGGACAUGUCCAGCAGUAUCUUCAUGUUGGACUUCAAGAAACAACUGGCCUUUGUAUCAAACCUUGUUAAGUUGUUUGACAUUGGCAGAAACAAGACCAGAGUCGCUGUCGUCUCCUUCAGCACCAACGCCACCGUGGAGUUCCAUCUUGACGAGUUUUAUGAACAGAAGGGCGUGAGAGAUCACGUGGAGACGAUUCUCUACACUGGAGGUGGCACCAACACAGACGAUGCCCUCAAACUGGUCAAGAACUCCGUGCUCACCCCAAAACAUGGUGUCAGGUCAAAUGUGCCCCAUGUUGUCAUCGUCAUCACCGACGGCCGUUCGCACAACUCCUCGGACACUCGCGCUCAGGCUGAAGCGCUCAAAAACUCGGGGAUCUUUAUGUUUGCUAUAGGAGUGGGCCCUUAUGUAGACGACCAGGAGUUGGAGGCCAUCGCCUCUGCACCUUCCGAAAAUUUCAUGUUCAAGAUAACCGGAUAUGACGAGCUCCUAUCCAUCAAAAGCACCCUCGCUCUCCGCGCUUGUGAAGCAGGCUCAAGAAGUGGGAGGCAGAUAGACGCCGAGUAGAGUGGACAGAGUGGGGUGAAGCUGAUUACCCCGAUAUGUGAAAGAGUUGUAUUUACCCCAGACAAGGGCAGCACUAAUUGUUGAUAUGAAAAUAUAAGCCAGGAAUAAUCAAUCUAUAAAUGAAUAAUACGAGAAACUUCACUCAGC